AGGAGUUAGGUAACUUUUCAAAGAUCACACAUCUCUCAAUGAAUGAACAGUGAUUUUUCUCUAAACAUGAGAUGAUUACUCACAGAGAAUUGAGAACAGUUGAGAACAGUAAUAAUCCUGAAGAAUGAGACUAAUUAUGUGGAGAGAACAGAAUGAUGGUGGACAAGUAUAGCAGUUUUAUUGAGAGAUGGAAUUGCCACUUUUAUAUAUUAUAAUUUUACUUUUCAAUAUGCUCGAUUUUUCAUCAGGAAUGAUAUAUAAUAAAGGUACUUUGGAAAAACGCCUUUCUUGUAUUAACUAUGGGCACACAGCAAAGAAUGGCACAAUCAAGUUGUUUCUUUUCUUAGAGAACUUGGUUAUCCAGUGUUAUUUUCAAUCUGACAAUACCCUUACUUCAGAGGAAUUUCUAAGCACGUUUGCAUCAGGAGGGAUUUCUCCCAGCUUGGAAAUCAUAAAUAGCACAUACACUGGCAUCUUCCACUUCAAUUUAACUUUGUUUAGUGCUCAGGCUUAUUGGCUGAUUGAAAUUCCCAGAGAAAACAUUACUAAAAAUACAG